AAGUAUUUCGAAAUUAUGACUAUAUUGUUGUAUCUGUUUUUACGUCCUUAACAACGACGUAAUAGGCAUCUUCAACAAUUGGUAUUCACAGUGUGUGUGAAAUAAGAUCCACCAGAAAAAUUUGAGAUACAACAUGGAUAAUCGUCUAACAUAUUCUUGGAUUAUUCUUUCUUUGUUUUUAUCAACAAACGGGACCAUACGGAUAUCAAGUUUUAUUGUGUCCCCAAACAAAUUCAACAUAACUUGUCAAUGGACUGAUUUUACGACAAACGUAAUCUUUCUUCGUCAAACACAAAUAUAUCCUUCUGCCAGUGGCGAGCAUAGUCGAUUUUACAAUGUUUUACAAGUAAAAAAUCCUGCAAGUGAAUGUCACGUCCAGACAUCCUUACCUGUAGCGUGCGUCUGUAUCAAAUCUUCUGCGGCUAGUUGUAUUAUAAAUAAUUCGCUGGAAGAGCAUAUUAUUGUACAAUGGAAGUGUGCAAUAGUCUUAAACGAGACAUUGACGGAAAGCAACAUAACAACUCUAACAAAAUACAAACCUGCAAAAAUAACAACAUUUCAAGUAAAUGCAUUUCAAGGAGUGUCCAAUGUGACAUUAAAAGAAAACAGCACUGCAAUGCUGACCUGUAUUUCUGAAGGUUUUCCUAUACCGGAAAUAGGUCUUAUUAAGGGCGAAACAUUAGCGAUAGGAGUAUCUAUUGUUCAGUCAGAGAUAAGCAUAAAAGGUCAACUUAACAAAACGUUUAUCAACGUUAACCGCCAAAUGACCGGCAAAUAUACCUGUGUUGCUUCCAACAUACACGGGCAAAGUGAACAAAGCCUUUAUUUGAAUAUAUUAUACCCUCCAUCUGUUAUUCGCACUGAAAAUGUGUACAUUACGGAAGGAGAAAGUAUCAACAUAACAUGCAAAUAUGAACCUGGUAAUCCACCCGAGACGGCAGUGCAGUGGAUAAAAGCAGACGUUAUAUAUUCAAACAAAACAUUACUGUAUCAGAGAGUAGCCAGAACUGAUGCUGGUAUCUACACUUGCAUUGCGACAAACACAUACGACAAUGGACAUACCAACUUCACGGGAGUCGAUUCUCAGCGGUUUAUCCUGCACGUUUUAUAUCAACCAAUAGUUCAGAGAUUCAGUUUAGAACAAUUUGACGAUAAUUUAAACGUAACAGUAUCAGAAAACGACAAUGUCGUAUUUAACUGUGUCGCUGAAGGAUUUCCUUCGCCAGACAUGCGGUUAUUGAAAGAUAGCGUAAAACUUGCCGAAUUCAACGGUAAAAGUCAAGGAAACACUACAACUCGACUUUGGCAUGAAAUGCCUUCCGUGGGUAGGCAUGAUAUGGGACAAUAUACAUGUGAGGCAUCAAAUACGAUUGGAUUAGGCGGAAAGAAGAUGUUUUUGAAUGUAUUGUUUCCAGCAAGCAGAAAAAUACCUAUUCAAAACGUUUCAAACAAUAGAAAUGAAGCAAAUAUUUAUCUCGGUGGAGAAGUGACAUUUUCGUUUUCAGCAUUGGCAAAUCCACUUCCGACAAGUGCUGAAUAUGUUUGGCAUAAAUGCAGUGACACCAAUAUAUGUACUGAAAUCGCCAACAGUUCCCGUUCUUAUAUAGAGACGUAUAGAGAUUUUAGCAACCUAACGGUAGUCAAUAUAACGGAGUCAGAUUAUGGGAUGUACAUUUUGCAAGUGGGGAAUGGAAUAGGAAAGCCUCAUAUGGAAGUUUACUUUUUGAAGCGUCUAUCGUCUUUUCCCACAAAGCCAAUCACCAGCGUGUCACAUAUUGGACUUAUAUCAGCAGGAUUAAGUGUAGUCUUUAUUUUAGUAGUUAUAUUCGUUGUUGCCUGUGUGUGCCUACAUUUAAGACGACAGAAAACAAUAGGAAAAAAACGUCGGAUAUCUGUUUGUUGUUCCAUCAACCCCUUACUACAACGACACUACCGCGCAACCUCCUUUAGUGCCCUUGGAUCGGUUGGAUGUUCAAGGCGAGGCUAUUGCUCUGUCUUCUUCAUUGCCUGCUGAAAAUGUGGAUGUUCAUAGCGAGAUUUACAGUGAAAUUGAUCCACAGCUAGUCGAAGAUAUUAUAUCUGGAGAUGACAGAGCUACAAACGAGGCGCAGCUAAUGGCAGAACAAAUUCGAUAUGAGGGUUUGGGUCCUCCGGAACAGGGUGAUGAGCCGCAGUACAUUUAUGGUCGUUGUGGCCGCUGACUGAUAUUUCAAUAAUACAUUUUGAAAGACUGUGAAUGUUCACAAGAUGCAUUUCAAUAUACAUAAUAUUGAACUAAUGACAGUGCCAUCGCAUGCGGCGUUAAACACAGCGUAUCACAAUACAACAUUUAUAAAACGCAGCAAUUGAAACAUAGAAACAAUACAGAGGAAGACAAGGAAGAAAAAGCCAAAUACGGACCAGAUAUUGCAUUCCUUAAUAGUCCUUUGCAUCACGACAUACAUUGUGGUAAGAUAUAUUCAUCAGAGAUCGACAUUUAUAAUUAACAACCGUAAUGAUACAUGGU